CGCAGCCCCGGCUGCCUCGGAGAUGUGGUCCUUUGGCCCCGGAGGCCCAGCAGGGAGGGGGAUUCUUUAAUUUCUUUUCCUUUUAGAGAGAGUGAAGACUUGCGGACUGCAAUUCUUGGGGAUGAGAAGGAUCUUCGUCGGGAAAGUGGGCGGCCUGCUCCUGGCUUUUCCUACUGGGGUUGCAGAGAAAUUAUGAAGACGAAAUUGAGCAUCCACAAAAUGCAGUUACUACUUUUGAUUUUCUUGGUGUGGAAUCCAGCCAGGUUGGUGCUGGCUAACAUCCAAGAAGAUGAGGCUAAAAAUAACAUCACCAUCUUUACAAGAAUUCUAGACAGACUUCUCGAUGGUUACGAUAAUCGGCUUAGACCAGGACUGGGAGGUAAAAAAGACAGCAUUACCGAAGUCUUCACCAAUAUCUAUGUGACCAGCUUUGGCCCUGUCUCUGACACAGAUAUGGAAUAUACAAUAGAUGUUUUCUUUCGGCAAAAAUGGAAAGAUGAGCGGUUGAAAUUUAAAGGCCCAAUGAACAUCCUUCGACUUAAUAACUUAAUGGCAAGCAAAAUCUGGACUCCUGAUACCUUCUUUCACAAUGGGAAAAAAUCAGUUGCUCAUAACAUGACAAUGCCAAAUAAGCUUCUGAGAAUUCAGGAUGAUGGCACUCUGCUGUACACAAUGAGGCUUACAGUCCAAGCUGAAUGUCCAAUGCACUUGGAAGAUUUUCCAAUGGAUGCGCAUUCAUGUCCUCUGAAAUUUGGGAGCUAUGCAUAUACAACUUCAGAGGUCACCUACAUUUGGACUUACAAUGCAACGGAUUCAGUACAAGUGGCUCCUGAUGGCUCUCGCCUCAAUCAGUAUGAUCUGUUGGGCCAGUCAGUUGGGAAGGAAACAAUAAAAUCUAGUACAGGUGAAUAUACUGUAAUGACAGCUCAUUUCCACUUGAAAAGGAAAAUUGGAUAUUUUGUGAUUCAGACAUAUCUGCCUUGCAUCAUGACUGUCAUUCUCUCCCAAGUGUCAUUCUGGCUUAACCGAGAAUCUGUGCCGGCAAGGACUGUGUUUGGAGUAACAACUGUUUUAACAAUGACGACUCUAAGCAUCAGUGCUCGAAAUUCUCUUCCCAAAGUGGCUUAUGCAACUGCCAUGGACUGGUUUAUUGCUGUUUGUUAUGCUUUUGUGUUUUCUGCACUCAUUGAAUUUGCAACUGUCAAUUACUUCACCAAAAGAGGAUGGGCUUGGGAUGGGAAAAGCGUAGUAAAUGACAAGAAAAAAGAAAAGACUACUGUGGUGAUACAGAACAAUGCGUAUGCCGUGGCUGUGGCAAAUUAUGCUCCAAAUCUUUCAAAAGACCCAGUUCUCUCCACCAUUUCCAAGAGUGCAACCACUCCAGAACCGAACAAGAAGCCAGAGAACAAGCCAGCUGAGGCCAAGAAAACUUUCAACAGUGUUAGCAAAAUUGACAGAAUGUCUAGAAUAGUUUUUCCAGUUUUGUUUGGUACAUUUAAUUUAGUUUACUGGGCUACAUAUUUAAACAGGGAACCUGUAUUAGGGGUCAGUCCUUGAAUGGAAACAUGGGCUGUUUGGGGAUAUAUAGCACCAUUAAACUCGGUUUGUUUUACUAUAUAGGGUCUGACUAAUAACUGCUAAUCUGAGAACCAACAUGUACAGUAUGUAUAUAGUGAUAUAGCUUACCUUAGACGUCUCAAGGAGAUAGACCUUUGCUAAGUCAUGGCACCAUAGGCAGGAAGUGCCCUAUGCUAAGAGAGCCAUUGCCUCUUUUUAAAAAAAGAAAAAAAAAAGCUUUGCCCUAGGGAAUAGUCGAAAGUGACUUUCAGGUGAGCUGAUUGAUUUCCUCUCCUUUAACAGUGAUGAAAAUGGGGAUCCUAUACUACCUUUUUUGGGCCCUUUGCAUUUGUUUCUCAAAUAGGAGUAUUUUUGUUUUACUAUUACCUAAAUAUAAUGUAAAAUAACAUCAUCAUCACAAAAGGAAUUCUUUUACAUAACAGAACCUCAUAUCUGCAACAUCAGUUUCCUUCCUGAGUGCACCAAAUCCCUGCUGAUAUAAUUGGAAAGCUUGGCACACAUCAAAAAAAUAAUAGUUUUCAAAUCAGCUUUUAAUUACUCUGUAUAGUAUUGAUAGCCAUGUACAUAUUACAGCAUGAUCAGCUCAAAUAAUUAUGAAUCAACACUGACAGAAAGUUAACUAUGUCUAGAAUUUAAUCAAUAUUGGAAUGUCAUAGUCAUUACACUUUUAAUAUAAGGAUUUAUUUGAAAAGGUAAUCACCAAAAUCGAAUUAAUUAUUUUAGUUAUUGGAAACUACCUUCAACGGAAAAUAAAAUGACAGCUGUGUCUUAACUAUUUCGAGGUAGGUAUUGCAUUGAAAUUGAUCAGUUAAAUUUUUUGGUGCUGGAGAUGAGAAAGCACCCAGCAUGGCUUCAAUGGAGCAGUGUUCAUGUUGGAUUAGAAAAGUGUGCCAAAAACUCCCACUGAUGAGAAUUCAUAGGUGUCACAACAUAUUGACUCAGCACUUAUACAAUUCUCUUCUUUCCUGUUUACUCAAAAUUCUGCCUUAAGGCUUCUUCUCAUCAGGAUUUAGAAGCCACUAAUUAUAAAGGAAAGGGUAGUAAAUUGGCACAUUUUUCUUUCUUCAAAGCUGGUCUCUCAGAUAAGAAUUAAUGUAAAUCUGCUUUUGUAAAUUGCAACUUUAAAUUUUGUUGACUCAAAUUUACAACAGCUUUGUAUACUAGGAGAGGUUUUGGUAAGAGUUGAACAUUUUUAAAUUGAAAUUUUAAAGUAUCACAGAUAAUGGAUUAGAUAAUAGGCAGAAACAUGAACACAUACAUACAUGUGAACACACAAUUAGCUAAAUUAGAAAAGACACACAAAGGUAACUGAAUUAGAAACUGAAUUAGAAACCACAAUUUCCAAUUUUAUAAAAUUUCUAAUGGCAAAUGUGUAAAAUUCACACUUCUUUUAAUAUAUUAAAAGAUAUUCUUUAUGCCCCUGAAAUAUAUUAAUAAAUUUAACAAUUGUGUCUCAUCCCCGGUUCAGUGUUUUCGACAAACAAACCAAAAUCCUUUUGACUCACAUAUACAUUAGCAGUUAUCAGUUGACUUUUACUACUAGAUACACCUUAAUGAUGGUGAUUUUGUAGAAAAAAGUAGUCAAAUAGUGACCUUUCUUGAAGUUUUGUACAGUAUUUCAGUAUAGUGCAUAAAUAGGUAUGUUCAUAAAAACAAUAAAAUGAAUAUAUUAUGAAAAUAAGCAAAAUCACAACAGAAUUUCUAUUCCUUUGCCUCAUUUGAUUUUUUUAAAUUUUGUCUUUAUGUAAUUCUGUAUGUGUAUUGCAUGAUUAUAUCAACACCAGGGUCACAAACUGCAUCUUAUUAAAGGAAUUUUCAGUGAAGAUGGCCUUGACAUUAAAAAUUCCUGCACGAACAAUAACCACAGUCCAUAACAAAAUAAAUUCCCUUCUGACAACUUUUAUGUAAUCUAAAUAGUUUUAAAUAUUCAAUUUAUCGAUGCAUUGAAAAAGAAAGUAUUCCAUUUUUACACAUUAAAAUAAAGCGUAGCUCUUCUGUGUAGUUUAGGAAAAUAUGCAGUAGCAUAAAGGAAGUAUAAAGUGCUUGAAGGCAAGCAAUUAAAACACUCUGAGUGGUAUGCAUUAUUAGAUACUGAAAAUUAUUUUGAUUUGAGUUCUUCAUUGGUCCCUAAUAGCUUGUUCUUAUCACAAAUUGACAAACAUUCAUAUGUAAAAAAAUAAUUGAAAAUAGCACUUGUGUUGAAUAAAAGACAAGACCCAUCUCU